UUUUUUCAGGAAAAGUGCUUUAUGACGUUCGCUUCCACUUUAUGUCGCCCCACAAAAGGAUUUUGCGAGCCAAACGCAAGUCUACCUCAAUCUCUGCUAGCCCACUAGCAUCACGAUGGCUUCUUCAGCUACGUCCUCAUCCACGGCCGAGAAGAUCAAGGUGACAGUUAAGAGCGAGACCAAGGCGUUCUCGCUCGAGACGACCCCUCACGAGAGUGUGGCGGGCGUCAAGGCAGCCUACCAGGAGAGCGGAGAGAACGCCAACUUCAUCCUACUGCUACACAAGGGCAAGGAGUUGCCUGACGAGAAGACGCUGGCCGAACUGGGCAUCACGGACGGAGACGUGCUCGUGCACAUUGAGGCGGCCCACCAGCCCUUCCACCCGCUCAACUACAAGCUCCUGGCCGAGAGUAUCAAGAACCGCAGAAAACACGAGGACAACAACAUGCAGAUGCUCAAAGAAGACAACAUUUGGGCCGCUGGAUCCGACGGUACAGUGCACCGCCUUGGCAUGGAGAAAAGCAUCAUCUCGCGCUCAAUGAACGGUAGUCUACCGCCCCACUUCGCCACCAAGAAGGCGGGCUCAGGCCGAGCUUUCUUCAACCAGCUCUCAGUGCGCGUCAACGGCUGCAGUUACCACGUGCUGCCGAGCAUGGAAGGUCGUUGGAACGGAGAACUCACCACCAUCCCGCCACAGGACGAAGGUAGUCAGGUGUGCUCGAACGACCUGAUCUUCCGCGACGACGAAGGCGUGUGGAGUCAGCGUCAGUCGAGGACGACCAUGAGCGGCUUGACGUCCAUGCAGCACAUGUGGAUAAAGCCCGUGUCAGACGGCAUCCUCAAGAUCGAGACGGAUGAUCCGUCGCUGCGGGGCUCCGACAUCACCAUGCAGGAGCUCGGCACGAACGUCAUCAUCAUCACGGCCACAUCCAAGCGUUCCGGUCGUCCGUUGAUGGUGGAGACGAUCACAGGCAUCGACAGCUCGCGUCGUCUACGCACGAUCCAGCGCUUCGACGAGUCUGGCGCGUUCCGAUCGGUCUACGUCAUGAACGAAGUCCGAGUCGUCGAUGCGGUGUCUGGCGCCAUGGAGAAGUACGACAACGUCUUCUAAGGACCCAGGUCUGGCCAAGUAGUAGCGCCCCGAGCGCAACAAUGAAACGAGCAACUGGAGUUGCAUUCAUAUACGUCUAGCCUGCUAGUUACGGUUGCCAUCGUCUCAAUACACCGCCCCGCUUGUUCUAAAUACACGACUGAUGUUAUGCUUUGCCGUCUAGAAUCUCCCAAGAUGCGCGUUCGAACCAAAGUGUCAUGGGUCGGGGAGAAGUGUUGACAAUAUCUGCCACAUGAUUAGGAGUCAUGCCCGGGAGGAUGAACAUGUGGUUGAUACGCACUAACACGUCGCC